GGAGGACUGGGCAGAAGUGGGCUGUAGUCACGCUCCGAACUCUGUCAUCGCGAGAAGUGAGCCGCGGUAUAAACUCCCUGAGCGAGGCUGACAGCCUGUGCACUCCUCACUCCCUCUCCGUCGGCGUGGUGUGGUCAAAGCUGAGACUGAAGAUGGCUGCAGGCAACGCACAGAUUGGAAAGCUGGCUCCAGACUUCACAGCCAAAGCAGUGAUGCCAGACGGACAGUUUAAGGACCUGAAGAUGUCGGACUACAGAGGGAAAUACGUCGUUUUCUUCUUCUAUCCCCUGGACUUCACCUUUGUGUGCCCGACUGAGAUCAUCGCCUUCAGUGACGCCGCCGACGAUUUCAGGAAGAUUGGCUGCGAGGUCAUCGGCGCCUCCGUUGACUCACACUUCUCCCAUUUCGCAUGGGUCAACACGCCGCGUAAGCAGGGCGGUUUGGGCACCAUGAAGAUUCCCCUGGUGUCUGACAUACGACGCACCAUCUCCACAGAUUACGGUGUCCUAAAAGAGGAUGAAGGCAUCGCCUACAGGGGUCUGUUCAUCAUCGAUGACAAGGGCAUUCUGAGACAGAUCACCAUCAAUGACCUCCCAGUGGGACGCUCUGUUGAGGAGACCCUGCGUCUGGUCCAGGCCUUUCAGUUCACUGACAAGCACGGAGAAGUGUGCCCCGCUGGCUGGAAACCAGGAAGUGACACCAUCAAGCCCGACGUCCAGAAGAGCAAAGACUACUUCUCCAAGCAAUAACAAGCCCAGAGCCCGAGUCUGCUGCGUGCUGUAGGAGAUUUCAUUUAGAGAUUACUUUUCCACUGCAUAAUAUUUGAGUCAACCACUGUGCCUGUGGAGGAGCGGUUAGGAGACCCACGUUCUGUGUGUGUUCUGUUGUCUGUAGAGUGAAUAGCGCACUUAUGACCAAAAUAUAUAAUUGUGUGAUGAUGUGGUGGUAAUUUAUGCUGUUUUCACUGUCGGACUGAGGUAAAAUGUCUGUCUGUUCUUUCGUGACAUUCCAUACUAUUAUUAGGUACAAAGGACCAUACAAAGAGGCCAAAGACACCUCUGCCCAUUACACUGUUCUUUUUACAGAGACAAACGUUUGUUUUUUUCACCAAAAUAAAGAAUAAAAGUCUUUUGAACAGCAU